CGAUGGAAGUAGUACAAUUAAAUCACAAGAGACUUAAAUAUUUUUGCAUAUAUAAUUCUCUUGACCUCGCAUCAAUUAUUUUUGCAGUAGUUACGAUGAUAUUCAAAUGGACCGUCUACAUCGAUAAGAAAUCGGUCGUUAUUACGGAAGCGUUUGCGGUCCUACUUUUAUGGUUUGAACUUGUUACUACUGCAACUUAUCUUAACAUGAUUUUAAAAAUUUUAAAAGCUAUUUAUCCAUUCCUAAUUUUUAUGUUAAUUGUGGUCAUUGCUUUCGGUCAUGCAAUGCAUAUUUUAUUGGAGUAUCCUAAAUAUAUUGACCAGGUACCUAAUGGCGAUACAUAUAACAUCACAUCAUCAUCUAUUCCAGGCUUAGUAAACACGAAAAUUGAACAAGUCUUUGAACUAGAUAAACCUAUUGAGAAUUAUUAUAGUAAAUUUAUAACUUCUGUCAUUGGAGCUUAUUUUUGGGUUCUUGGAAGAUGGGAUCAAUUAGAAGAAUGGGAUUUCUGGCCAAUUUAUGUAAUCAGUAUAGGCGCAAGUAUUUUAAUGGUCAUCAUCAUGCAGAAUUUGCUGAUCGCAUUUAUGACGGGUGUAUAUGAAAAUGCAAAACACAAUGUAAAGUUAUCGGUAUUAGGUUAUAGAGCUGAUUUGAUCGCUGAUUAUGAAACGUUAGACAAACCAUUUGGUAGUCAUAGAGGGAAUCCAAGAUAUAUUUAUUAUGUUGGAAGUUCUGAAUAUCAAGACGAAUGGAUGGAUAAAGCUGAAAAAUAUAGGAAAACUCAUAAGUCAUUAUUAUUCGAAGUAUCAAAUGUAGAUGAUUCGGGUGAUGAAUUCGUUACUAAUGAAAAACUUAAUGAAAAACUUGAUGAAAAAUAUUUGAAAUUACAAGAUGAGUUAGCGAGUAUUAAAAAGCUCUUAUUGUCCAUUAAGGAUAAAUGA